ACACACGACAUGACGUCACCCGAAGACGUCAUCAAAAAGUCCAGCUCUUAGGCGUGUCCGGUAAACAUUGGGAGUAGUGUGUUGUGAUUUGGAAAUUGUGGUUUUCAUGUCGAAUAAUGUCAAAUUUUUGGAAUUAAGCUUCCCACGCUUUUAGGUUAUUGGCAGCCCAUUUUCUGUCUGUAAUCAUACGUGGUGGCUGGGAGGAUGGAGCGUCAAACCAGUGUCAGUUUCAUCUGCCAGAGGUGCUCCAUGCCUGUGAGACUGGAUGACACAAUACUCAAUCCCAAUGAGCAUACACUGGCUGAGCUAUCAUUGCCCAUCUACCCGGCGACCGAGUCGGACCUGGGCUCCGGGGCGGGCUCCUUCGACAAGGUGGUGCCGCCGGUGCGAUGGACCGAGAGCUGCGGCUCGAACCCGGCCGCCGGCGGCGGCGCCGACUCCACCGGCUUCACGGUGCUCUCCGACCCGGGCGUCACCCCCUCCGGACACCUGUCGCACAAGGUCAAGAUGGCGGCCACUCUGUUCGACAUGCUGUCCACGAGUACCGAGGUGGACCACCCGAUGUGCGAGGAGUGCACCGACCUGGUGACGGACGGCCUCGAGGAGGAGCUGGUCACCGUCCGCAAGGAGGCCGCCCUCUACCGCGAGUUCGUGCAGAAGCUGAGGCGCGAGCCGCCGGCAGAUGACGGCGAGGCAGCGCUGGACGCCGAGCUGGCCAAGCUGGCCACCGAGGAGCAGCAGCUGCUCGGUGAGCUGCGCACCCUCAAACAGGAGGAGCAGCAGCUGCAGCACGAGCUGGAGCAGCAGGACAAGGAGAAGGAGCGGCUCGAACAGGAGGAGGAGCAGUUCUGGAGGGAGUUCUGCACAUACCGCAAACAGCUCAUCGUUGCAGACGAGGACUAUCGCAGUUUGUCCAACCGCUUGGACUACACCACUCGGCAACUGGAGAAGCUGAAGAAGACGAACGUCUUCAACGCCACGUUCCACAUCUGGCACAGUGGCCACUUCGGCACCAUCAACAACUUCCGGCUGGGCCGCCUGCCCAGCGUUCCCGUCGACUGGUGGGAGAUUAACGCUGCCUGGGGACAGACCGCCCUCCUGCUCACCGCACUCGCGCGCAAGAUCGGACUCCAGUUCUCAAAGUACAAGAUCGUGCCUUUCGGAAACCACUCUUAUGUGCAGGUGCUGGCGGAUGGCCGCGAGCUGCCGCUGUACGGCGCCGGCGGGUUCAAGUUCAUCUGGAACCCCAAGUUUGACGCCGCCAUGGUGGCCUUCCUCGAGUGUCUGCAGGAGCUGCAGGAGAAAAUAGAAUCCGGCGAUGCAAAGUUCCGUCUGCCGUACAGAGUUUCAAAGGGGAAAAUCGAGGAUCCUCAGGCGGGCACCGCAUACUCUGUCAAGAUCCAGCUCAACUCGGAGGAGCACUGGACCAAGGCGCUCAAGUACAUGCUGACCAACCUGAAGUGGGGCAUCGCCUGGGUGUGCGCCGACUCGACGCUGGGAGAGCUGGCGCCGCCCGAACCCGGCGAGCAGACGUAGACGGACACCGUCACGGCGCAGACGGACCAACGUCAUGGUGAAGGCGGACGUUACGGUGCAGACGGACCAACGUCACGGCGCAGGCGGACCAACGUCACGGCGCAUACGGUCGUGGAAGCUGAACGUCGCGACGGUGAAGAAUGAUGUGAGAGAGAUGGAUAUCGGGACUUAACGACCGUGGUGUGAUCUCUGUCAGAACUUUCGAAGCUGGCGAGAGAUUACAGUCGGAGAAGCGAACACGGGGUGGGGAGAGUGGCUGGGGGGAGGAGGAGGGGACUCUCGGCUGUCUUCUUGACGGUCGAAGGCGCCGCCGAGACGUCUGGUCCGGUGGCUGGCUGUGAUGAAGUUCGUUUGCAGCUUGUGGGUAGUGACUGAUUACCCCUUCAGAUUGGUCUCAGUCACAAGAGUGGCUGCAUGGACUUGAGCUCUGGCCCAGUGGGCCGUCGUGGUUCGUACAGAGGACGGGCGGGAUUUGCCGGUUGUUUGCCGUGUAACAUUUAGCCUAUCCUAUACUAUAAUGCAUGAAUGCGAGGUAUUCUUGGUAUCGCUGUGUGAUGACUGCUGCGGUGUGUAUGUAUUCCAUCAGCCGUGGGUUGUGUGCUUUCAGAUGGAGUUUGAUUACCGUUUAAGAGGAGUAAAUAGGCCAGUGUGUACCGAUUGGGGAGAUAAGUUGCGCCCAUACAUACCAUUUAGAAGUAAAGUGUAUAUUUGCAGUACUAUGGUUAGGAUUUUGUCAUCAUGACUGUUGAACGCAUGUUUGUCACGUGUGAAAUUAUAUCCAGUGGUGUUUGCUGUACGAUGUUAGUAUAACGAGUGAUUGUUUGCCCCGAUGAAAUGUACAAAUGUCAACGAGGUGUGUGGAAUAUAUUCCUAUCUGUGCGUA